UCACUACAGUCAACAGCAGCGCUGUAAUUUCUGCGCAGGUCCAUGCUUAUGGGGAAAAAAACACGCACAAAAAACAACAAAAGAGCAGCUCUUUACCCUCGAUGCCCUUACCCUCAGACUCCGAGGCCAGCCUCCACCCCUCCGUGUCAUUUUAUUUUUACGUUUCCAGCGUCACAUCCCCCCUGGCCUGGCCGGAGGAAUGUAGAGACGGAGGGGCUUUAAAAAUAGCAUCCUCCGCUCUGACUGCGCCGCUCCGGAGGCUCCGCAGCACUCUGCAGGGAGAAGCAGGAAUGCGAAGAUGGCUGCAGACCUGGGAGAGCUGCUGGUCCCCUUCAUGCCCACCAUCAGAGUCCCCAAAACAGGAGACAGAGUCUACAAAAGCGAGUGCGCCUUCUCCUUCGACUCCCCCGAGUCUGAGGGAGGCCUGUAUGUGUGUAUGAACACAUUCCUGGGCUUCGGACGGGAACAUGUGGAGAGACAUUAUCGCAAAACAGGACAGAGUGUUUACAUGCACCUCAAACGACAUGUUAAAGAGAAAACCACAGGUGCUGCCGGAGGAGCCAUCCCCAGGCGAAGAAAUGGAAAAGUGUUUCUAGAUUUAGAGCUAAACCGAGAUUUUAACGGAGAGGACUACGAGUAUGAGGAUGAGGCAAAGCUCGUCAUUUUUCCAGACCACUUCGAGAUCCCUUUACCAAAUAUUGAGGAGCUGCCCGCUCUGGUGACCAUAGCCUGUGAUGCAGUACUUAACGCACCUUCAGCUUACAAGAAACAGGAGCCUGAGUCUUGGGACGAGGAGAUCCAGGUGUCAAGACAUGCCAGAAGCCUCAGACAGCUGGAUAACGGCGUCCGGAUCCCACCCAGUGGCUGGAAGUGUCAGAAAUGCGAGAUGAGAGAGAACCUGUGGCUGAACCUGACUGACGGAUCGGUUCUUUGUGGGAAGUGGUUUUUUGAUGGGAGCGGGGGGAACGGCCACGCUCUGGAGCACUACAGAGAGACCAGCUACCCAUUGGCUGUUAAACUGGACACCAUCACUCCAGACGGAGCAGAUGUUUAUUCGUUUGAGGAGGAAGAGGCUGUUUUGGACCCCCACAUGUCAGAGCACUUGUCACACUUUGGGAUAGACAUGCUCCAGAUGCAGAGGAGAACAGAAAAUGGACACCACACAGACAAUAACCCCCGACCGCGAGUCAGUGAGUGGGAAGUGAUCCAAGAGUCGGGCAUGAAGCUGAAGGCGGUGUUUGGUUCUGGUUACACUGGCAUCAAAAACCUGGGAAACAGCUGCUACCUCAGCACAGUGCUACAGGUCCUGUUCAGCAUCCCAGAUUUCCAGAGGAUGUAUGUAGGUAACCUUCAGAGGAUAUUCGACUAUUCACCUCUUGACCCCACCCAGGAUUUCGCCACACAGAUGGCUAAACUGGGACACGGGCUCCUCUCAGGCCAGUACUCCAAACCACCCAUGAAAUCUGAGCUCAUUGAACAGGUGAUGAAAGAAGAACACAAGGUAUUAAACGGGCACCAACAGAGGGGAAUCUCUCCCCGAAUGCUCAAGGCACUGGUCAGCAGGGGGCACCCAGAGUUUUCCUCCAACAGACAACAAGAUGCCCAUGAGUUCUUCCUGCACCUUAUCAACUUGGUGGAAAGAAACAGUGCUGGUUCAGAGAAUCCAAGCGACUCGUUUCGUUUCUUGGUGGAGGAGAGAGUUCAGUGCUGUCAGAGUCGGCGGGUUCGUUACGCUCAGCGGGUCGACUACUGCAUCCAGCUACCGGCUCCCAUAGAAGCAGCGACGAAUAGAGAGGAGUUGCUUGCAUAUGAGGCCAAGCGGAAAGAAGCUGAGGAGAACACGCGGGCUCCUCCUGAACCGGUGCGAGCACGGAUCCCUUUCACAGCCUGCCUUCAGGCCUUUACGGAGCCUGAAAACGUCCCCGAUUUCUGGAGUUCAGCGUUGCAGGCCAAGUCAGCUGGAGUCAAAACUUCCCGCUUCGCCUCGUUCCCAGAGUAUCUUGUUGUGCAGAUCAAGAAAUUCACCUUCGGUGUUGACUGGGUGCCAAAGAAGCUUGACCUGGCCAUCGAUGUUCCAGACUUCUUGGACCUGAGCCGGCUCCGAGCCACAGGGCUGCAGGCGGGCGAAGAGGAGCUGCCGGAUCUCAUGCCUCCCAUUGUUUUACCGGAAGACACCAGAGAUAACUCCAUGAGCUCAACUGACUCUCCGGAGAUAGAUGAAGGCGCCGUUAUGCAGCUGGCAGAGAUGGGUUUUCCGCUGGAGGCCUGCAGGAAGGCGGUGUACUACACAGGAAACAUGGGCCCAGAGAUGGCCUUCAACUGGAUCAUAGCCCACAUGGAGGAGCCUGACUUUGCUGAACCUCUCACUUUGCCCUCAAUGAUGGAUCCUCUUCCCUCUACCAGUGACAGCCCCAUGGGGGCAACGCCACUGGACAACCAGCCUCCCGAGGAGAGCAUCGCCAUCCUCACCUCGAUGGGCUUUCCUCGCAAUCACAGCAUCCGCGCUCUCAAAGCCACGAAUAAUAAUCUUGAGCGAGCGCUCGACUGGAUCUUCACCCACCCAGAGGAGGAGGAGAGCGACGGGCUCUCUGACAUGGCGGACACGGAGCCCAACGAUAACUCCUUUUCCAACAUGAACUCGCACAGUGACUCCACGCUGUCCCCAGACAGAGAAACGUCAAGCCCGAGAGUCAAAGAUGGACCGGGACGAUAUGAGCUGUUUGCCAUCAUCAGCCACAUGGGAGCCUCCACGAUGUCUGGACAUUAUGUUUGUCACAUCAAAAAAGAGGGAAGGUGGGUGAUCUACAACGACCACAAGGUGUGUUUGUCAGAAAGGCCUCCGAAGGACUUGGGCUACAUCUACUUUUACCGUCGCCUCUCGAGCAGUUAAAAUCACUGCCUCCCUGCUCCCUGCAGUCUUUAAAUAGCUUCAGUCUUUCACCCAGAAAGACUGGCAGACACCUGCAACAACAGCCACAGCAGAAACGAUGGAAGAAACCUCACAGACCAGCUUCUUGCCUUAUCCUCAUCUCACACCGGAGUAAUUAGGAAUAAUGAUCCAAAAAGGAAAGCGAUGUGCUUAUUUUCUGUGCAUUUGUUGUGCUUUGAAUGUAUAUUUCAUUGUUUAUGUUGGGAGAGACAAACAGGGAAAACAAAAAGUAAGUACACAGGGAUGCGUGCAAUUUGUACUUCUGGAGUGGUCUGGAAACAAAACGA